GGUGAAGCUGAGAGGCGCACAGGCAGGAGCGCUCACGAGAGGCCUGCCUCUUUCAUGUCCACUUCCAGAUGCUUGUCAGCCUGUGGCCUAGGGUCAGGGCAGCCCAGCAAGAGGGUGAAGGACAGAGAUUCAUGUAGGUCGUUACCCUGGCAGAUGUCUCAGAUAUAGGGUGUGACAGAGCCUCCCCAGGAGGCCAGGACAGAAAACUGCCUUCUGACCUCUCAUCAGGUCCUUGACUCCACAGUGACGCUUCCUCUUGAGACAGAAGGAAAAGAAGGUGCCAACAGCUCCUCCUCAGGUUUUCUAGCAGGCCUUGGUGGCCCACCAUGGCCCACUGAGGUGAACCAUGACUGGCUGGCCAACACUCACCACUGAUCAUUCAAAGUCACAUCUCACCAGGAGGUGACCCCUCCUCCAGCUGCCCCCCCAAUUGCCCACGCCCCUCCCCAGGAAAGUGCCCGGGCUGCCACGGACACCAUGUAGUAGGGCCGGCUGCGGCGCCCAGUGAGCUGCGAUGGUUUUGUACAACACCCCCUUUCCCAAUAGCUGUCUGUCCGCCCUGCACGCUGUGUCCUGGGCCCUCAUCUUCCCAUGCUACUGGCUGCUGGACCGGCUUUUGGCCUUGUUCAUACCCGACCCCUGCCAGAAGUACCAGCUGCUCUGCAUCGUGCUCUUCACGCCCGUCUACCUGGGCUUCCUCGUCACCUCACUGCCCUUUGCGUUUCUUGGGUUCCUCCUCUGGUCCCCCCUGCAGUCUGUCCGCAGGCCCUAUGUCUACUCCCGGCUGGAGGACAAGAGCCUAGCUGGCGGGGCAGCCCUGCUGAAUGAAUGGAAGGGUACGGGUCCUGGCAAAAGCUUCUGCUUCGCCACCGCCAAUGUCUGCCUCCUCCCUGACUCGUUGGCCAGGCACAACAACGUUUUUAACACCCAAGCACGGGCCAGAGAGAUCGGGCACAGAAUCCGCAAUGGGGCCAGCAGGCCUCAGAUCAAAAUCUACAUUGAUUCGCCCACCAAUACCUCCAUCAGCGCAGCCAGCUUCAGCAGUCUGGUGUCACCGCAGGGCAGCGAUGGCAUGGCUCGGGCCAUCCCUGGGAGCAUUAAGAGGACGGCCUCUGUGGAAUACAAGGGCAACGGUGGGCAUCACCCCAGUGACGAGGCAGCCAAUGGCCCGGCCUCUGGGGACCCGGCCGACUGUGGUAGCCUUGAGAACGCCUGCAUCGUGCGCAUCAGUGGCGAUGAGGGGGGCCGGCUCCCUGAAGCUGACGACUCUGCCACUGGGGGCCAAGCCAGGAAUGGGGCCGGCGGAGGCCCACGGGGCCAGAUGCCCAACCACAGUCAGCGGGAUGGGGACUCAGGGAGCCUGGGCAGCCCCUCUGCCUCCAGGGAGUCCCUGGUGAAGGCAAAAGCCGGGCUGGAUGGCAGCAGCGGGGAGCCAGGCGCCGCCUACAGCAAGGCCCCGCACAAGGCCUCGGUGGUGAAGAAGCCAGCUGCACGCAAGAGGCGGCACCCAGACGAGGCCUUCGACCACGAGAUCUCGGCCUUCUUCCCUGCCAACCUGGACUUCCUGUGUCUGCAGGAGGUGUUCGAGAAACGGGCGGCCACCAAGUUGAAAGAUCAGCUGCACGGCUACUUCGAGUACAUCCUGUAUGAUGUCGGGGUCUAUGGCUGCCAAGGCUGCUGCUGCUUCAAGGGUCUCAACAGCGGCCUCUUCUUUGCCAGCCGCUACCCCAUCAUGGACGUGGCCUAUCACUGUUACACCAAUGGGAAGGGCUCCGACAGCCUGGCCUCGAAAGGAGCGCUGUUUCUCAAGGUGCAGGUGGGAAGCACACUUCAGGACCAAAGAAUUGUCGGGUACAUCACCUGCACACACCUGCACGCCCUGGAAGAUGACAGUGCCAUCCGGUGUGAGCAGCUGGACAUGCUUCUGGACUGGCUGGCUGAUUUCCGAAAAUCUACCUCCUCGUCCAGCACAGCCAACCCCGAGGAGCUGGUGGCGUUUGACAUCAUCUGUGGAGAUCUGAACUUUGACAACUGCUCCUCUGAUGACAAGCUGGAGCAGCAGCACUCCCUGUUUACACGCUACAAGGACCCCUGCCGCCUGGGGCCAGGGGAGGAGAAGCCAUGGGCAAUCGGUACCUUGCUGGACACAGAUGGCCUCAAUGAUGAGGACGUGAGCACCCCUGACAAUCUGCAAAAGGUUUUGGAGAGCGAGGAAGGCCGCAGGGAGUACCUCGCCUUCCCCACCAGCAAGAGCCCAGGAGCAUACCAGAAGGGACGCAAGGACGCGCUCAAGGGCAACGGCAGGCGCAUCGACUACAUGCUGUACGGAGAGGAGGGGCUGUGCCUGGACUGGAAGGCCGAGGUGGAAGAAUUCAGUUUUAUCACCCAGCUCUCCGGCCUGACCGACCACCUCCCAGUGGCCAUGCGGCUGAUGGUGUCUACCGGGGAGGAGGAGGCAUAGACCAGCCAAGUCAUCACAGCAGCCCGGCCUCUGCUAGCCCUUUGAGCCUCCUUAGCCAUGUCGCCUCCAGCAGCGGUGCCAGAGAGGAGGGCAGGGGCCUAGGGGAGCCAAGGUUAUCCCUGGGUGAGCUGGAACCAAUACUGCCCUGUACCUCUGGGCACUCACCACGGACAGAGGAGUCAGGUCAGCCCGGGGAGCCCCAGCUGCCCAACCAGUGCCAUUCUUUCAAACCGUGAUUUUCUACAAAUCUACAGCACAACCUAGUUUGUAACCCGUGGGUUAGUAUGAGAACCGGGUUUCUGUACUCUUUGUAUCUCUUCUCAAGCUUCAUCCAGGGUUCAUUAUUUUUGUCUGCUGCCAUGUUGUCUCGCACGCCUGCACCCUCGCAUGCACGCUGCCCGCAUGCCACGUGCCACGCCGUAGCCACACAGACCCCCUCACUCGGGCCUCACCCAAGGCCAAACUCCAAACACAAUCAGAACCAGCCAAAGAAGCAUUCCUGGGCACAGGGCCGCUAGCUUGCCGCCUCCACCAGGAUGGCUCACGAGCAGGGACCGGAGGACUGUGUCCAGUCACCAUGAGCCCGGGCUCUUCCAUUAAAGGGCGAUUACAUUUUAAGAACAGAAACAACCCUUCACGUUAGAGGAUCUGCACGCGGCGAGGGACAACGCUGCUGUUCUUGAGACAGGCUCCCUUCCGGGCGCACCAGGGCCCCAGAGACUCCUAAGUGGGUAGUGGAGCCACAGACAGGAAGCUGAGAGAGCACCACUUUUCUAUAGGAAGAAGGGAACUCACAACAUAUGGGAGAAGGGGUACUGCUGGUUUUGAAAAGGAUAGAUUUGUAGCUUUUCUUCUGUCAAAACCAACACCUCCUCUUUUUGCCUGAUCCUGUCUCCCCUUCAGACACCUCUCUGGUUCUGGACCAAUCUUUCCCUGAGGACUGUCCCCAUUCACAUGCUCGCUGAGCUCAGGAACUGUCUGCCUGCCACUGAGUGGAGCUGCAGCUCAGCAGGAGGCCCAAGCGUAGAGAGCGGCCUAUCCCCUCACCCUCACCAGUAUGCACACAGGCUGGAGGUGGCAAGGCCAAGGGCCACUGCUUACACAGGGCAGGGAGUGAUACUGGUUAGCAUCCAGGCGCACAGACACCCACUCUGCCACUAUGUGACCAGGGCCAGCCCCUGGCACCCAGGCACGGUGUAGCAGAGCCUGCAGGUGAGACCUAUAGCUCACCACCCCACAGCAGGACUGCCUCUGCCCACCUGCCUUUUAAAACACACCUAGGGAUGCUCCCACAGUCACACAGGGAGGGUUGUGUCUGUUUCCAGGUGGGAGGCUCCCCCAACUUGGGGGACUGUUCUUGACAACCCCCACUGAUCUCCCCUCUUCACAGUACCCUAACCUGUGCCCGUCUCGGAGCCAGCUUUGCCCAGUGAGACUGGGGAGCAUACCAGGACCCCUCUGGUGCCGGUGAGCUGACACUGUGCCUUGUCACCAACUGAGCUGCAAGGGAGACCAAGCUGGGACCAGGCAAGCAGCUAGCCAGAGGCCAGGCCCUGUGCUGGGAGAGGACACUCCUGAGAGUCACAUCCACAGUGGCACUAGUUUGUCUGAACCCACCUGGCUGGGGCAGUCAGUGGCAGAGCUGAGGGCUUAGCUGCCAGGAGCGCUUCCCUGGCCAGGCCCCAACCCCGCCCCUCAGGCCCAGAUCCAGAAGGGGCAGUCACCACUGAGGGCAGUCCCACCUGGGCUCUCUGCUGUGCCCCUCCUCCAAGGGCCUGGCCUUCAGGGCCUUAGCUAGGCUUCGUGGAGUCAGAGGGCCCUCCACUUGCAAGAACAGCCAGAAUCUCUGCUCCAACAGGCAGGGCCCAACUGAGCAGGCGCAAUGCCUAGAUAGCCAGGCCUGAGCCAAGGACCCCAAGCUGCAAGUCGGCUGUGUGCCCAGGAGAGCAGUGGAGACAGGGGCCAGGGCCUGAAGCAGAGAAACUCCACACAGCUUUCAGCCCUCCAAGGGGCUGCCCCACUCCCAGGGAAGCUGGGUGGGAGCCACGGCGCAGGGGCGCGUGUUUCUCUCCCUACUCACAGGGCGGCCUUAGGCGUCAUACCUCCCUGUGCCUCAGUCACUUCCUUUCCUAACAAGGUAGCCUCUGCCCAGCCUGGCCCUGGAGCAUCACCUCCGAGCUCCCCCUGCACCUCCCUCGGGCACAGCCUCAGCACUGAGGCUGCUAUCGCCCAACCACGUUUCAGGCCUGUGGACUCCCGGGGCUGUGCACAAGCCAGACUUUUCCAUUUUAAUUUUUAAAAAAGGAAGAAAAGAAACUGCCAGGAUCUCAGAUUCUGGGGUGUUUGGCCUGAGAGGGGCGAACACAGGGGUCACCCAAAUCCCCAACCAAGGUCCCAUACCUGCCCUGCACCCGGCCUCCUU